UCAUCUCCGUCCUUACACCGUUAGGAGGCUUGUUAAUUGGGCCAAGCAAGCCCGCAAACCUUAGGAUCUCCUUCGUUCUCGUCGGCGCUCGCCUUCAAAAAGCUAUCACUCUCCCUAUCUCUCUCAUCGCCGUCAAAACCCACGAUCUCCUUUCAGAUGUGUAAAGUUUCUAUCCACAAGACAGAAAAUUUUCCAUUUGACAAAGAUAUUACUAGAGUAAGCAAAACCUACGUGCAAAACAACAAGAAAAUGGAGAAAGCACCAGAUAACCUUAAAAUGCCGGAUCCAAUCCUGGUUUCUCCGGCACCACCUUUGCAUCAGAGCGAUGCAGAUGAAGAUGAUGAAAACGUGAAGCAGCUUCAAGAAUGCUCGUCUAUUUACUUGUCUUUACAGACUUGUCUUAUUAAUAACAACAGGAACUGGAAAUCUUGCCAGAUGGAGGUUCAAGCUUUGAAGGCAUGCAAUCAGAAGAGAAUGAAGGAUGACAAAAGGAAGUGAAAUUUCUGCAAAUUAGAGGUCUAACUCUAUUUAUUACCUCACAAUUUAUUGUUAGAAUAUGAUUCUUGAUAUUUAGCCGAAAUUGUUACCUCACAAUUUCUGCAUUUGAAAUGGCUUUUCUAUGUAACACAACACAGGGAGAAACACUUAUAGUGUAGAUUCAGCAACAUUUAUUGAAUAACAAGUUUACGUGAAUGAGGAGAAAAUCUUGUUAUUGCUUUCA